AUGAGAACACUGGUACCACUUCUCCUCGCGCUGUUCGCCAUUUGUUUGGCUCAACAGCAGACUCUCGAUGAGAAGGUUCAAAACCUGGCGGACCUGACCGCCCGUCAGUCCAUUGUCAAGUUCAACAUGGACAAAUGGAAGAAUUUGGUGCGAAUGCAACCGCGUAACUACUCGAUGAUCGUCAUGUUCACAGCGUUGUCGCCAGGCGUGAAUUGCCCGAUUUGCAAACCCGCCUACGACGAAUUCAUGAUCGUUGCCAACUCCCAUCGCUACACGAGCUCUGAGUCCGACCGCAAAAAGGUGUUCUUCGGAAUCGUCGACUAUGAAGACGCUCCACAAAUCUUCCAACAAAUGAACCUCAACACCGCCCCAAUUCUCUACCAUUUUGGAGCCAAACUCUCCGCCAAGAAGCGUCCAGAACAGAUGGAUUUCCAGAGACAAGGAUUCGAUGCUGACGCUAUUGGAAGAUUCGUUCAAGACCAGACUGAAGUUCACAUUCGUGUGAUUCGCCCACCAAACUACACGGCUCCAGUUGUGAUUGCUCUCUUCGUCUCGCUUCUCUUGGGAAUGCUCUACGUGAAGAGAAACAGUCUGGACUUCCUUUUCAACAGAACCAUGUGGGGAUUCGUUUGCAUGGCUAUCACCUUCAUUUUCAUGUCUGGACAAAUGUGGAAUCACAUUCGUGGACCACCAUUCAUGAUCACCAAUCCAAACACCAAGGAGCCAUCGUUCAUCCAUGGAUCCACACAAUUCCAGCUGAUUGCUGAGACCUACAUUGUUGGAAUUCUCUAUGCUCUCGUCGCCGUUGGAUUCAUUUGUGUCAACGAGGCAGCUGAUCAGGCUAACGGAAAGGAUAAGAAGAAUCAGCAGAAGAAGGCUAACCCGUUGUCAAGCCUUUUUAGCAUUCCAGCUAAUACUCUCGCCAUCGUCGGACUCGUCUUCAUCUGCGUCUUCUUCUCGUUCCUGCUCUCAGUGUUCCGCUCCAAAUACCGUGGAUACCCAUACUCUUUCUUGUUCUCGUAA